CUCUCACAUCCUACCACUGUGUUCUAAACAGCUGAGCUCGUCAUGUGGUGUGUCACUGGACUUGCGGGGGUGGAUCCGAUCAGCUCGGUAAUUGAAGUCAAUUCCUGAAAAAAAAAGGGUUGAGAAUUGUUCUGGACACGGUGAGGUCACCCUUUUGCGAGGUACCUACCUAGUUGCCAGGCAAAGUACCCACAGUGAAGUCUCUGGAAGUGACUAUAUAAUCUAUGUUGUAGUAAGGAAGGGGGGGGGGAAGAAGGGGGGAAGUCUAUCAAAUGCUGUACUACUCUCGCCGACAUCAUGACCAAAAGGAAGACAAACAACAUGCUCCUACUAUUACUACUACUACUACUACUCUCUCUCCUCCUUACCCCACGCAGCCCAUCCGAGGGCGGGAGCGGUACCGUGUCAUGAUGGACAUCCGCCGGCUGGACGUGGCCAACUGGUUGACUGUCGACCAGAACUACCUCGCCGAACAUGCCAUCAGGUCACAACUGCUUGCUCAGGAGAAGAGCAAGGUUCUCCAGUGUCUGCCAGAGUCGCUGGACGGCUGCUACGAGGCUCUCGAGGAGGUGGUGGACUUUUUGAACCACAGAUUCGGCCAGGUCUUUGUCACCACGGGCGAGAAACAAACCAUUCAUAAUACCAUCACGGGCGAGACUUUCUCCUACGGGCCGGAGAAUAAAGCAAAUGCUCUCGAGGUGGCCGUCAGGCUUACCAUGGAAGAUCUAAGUAUUCUCAUGACCAACGAGGAUGGAGAAUACUAUUUAGCAGCUAGUGCCAGUCUCUUCCCCGUUGGAUGGACGGUUGACGAACGUAUUGGCUGGACCAUUGCCCGGCUGCACUCUCCAGUGCCAUUGUGGCAGCAGCAGGUUGCCAAUUCUGUAAGCAAGUUUCUCUCUCGGCUGACGACUACAUCCCCCAUGGAACGCUCCAACUACUUUGUUGAAGUGAGACGGCCGGACGAAAACCUUUUAGAAACACUGUACCGCCCCCAGGGCCUGUCAGAGGAAGCUCUCGACCCGACGGCACACGAGAUCAUAAUCCGCCGCGAGCGCCAGACCUUCCGCCGUCUGCCGCGCACGGGGGCCAUCCUCUUCGGCGUCAAGACGGUGCUCACCACUUUGGACGAAUUGCCGGAUGCCGAACUGCGCAACUUUGCGCGCGAGAUGAAGAGCUGGCCGGAAUACGUGGGUGAGUAUAAGGGGUAUCCAGUUUGGGGGAAAAAGGUUCUCGAGUACUGCAGCCUGAAAAACAUCGAGGUUUAACGGAGUACAGGACCUAGGUAUAUUGCUUUUCUGACAUGCAUGGUGGCCAUCUGAAUUAAAAUUAAAAGCAUUGAGAAUGUA